AUGAAUGUUAUUGGAUUGAAAAAAACCGCGGCUUCUCGAGACUUCCGUAGAUUGUUUGGUUCGCGACAGCCUGUCCUUUUAUGUCAUCAGCUCUCCUCGGACGCGACGUCAAAACAAGGCUUCUUCAGUCUCUCGCUCUCUUUGAGCUCAGAGCAUAGAUCAGUUGCAGGGAUUUAUUGUGUUUGUGAUCUUGUUUGGCUGUUUCAGCUUCACUCGCACAAUUCAAUAAUGUCCCGCGGAAGCCAGAGAGAGCGAGACCGUGAAAGGGCUCAGGCCAGGUCUGGCGGGAAAUCCAAGCAGCCCAAAAACGAUGGAUUAACCCCCGAACAACGCCGACAAAGGGACGCCAAAGCGCUGCAAGAGAAGGCGGCGAAGAAGGUGGCGCAGGCGGGAGGGGUCAGCGGCGGUAAAAAUUGACAUGGGUUGAAGAUUAGGGUUUAGAUGAAAUGGGAGUGUGUAAUGUAAUUGUGUGGUGAGCAUUAGAUGGGGGAUUUUAGGGUUUUGGAUUUUUAGUCUGUUUGAGUCUUUGAGAAUAUUGAGAUGAACAAUCUAAUUGAAAGUGUUUGUCUUGGUUGGCAUAUUGGCAUUGUGCUGUGUAUUGUUCGAUUCUGAAAGCUUUCAACUUUAUGCCUGGUAAUCUAGCAAUUGAAUUUAUGUGAUAUGCAAUUUACUAGCAA